GCCAUUUCCCUGCCCCUAGUAAACAUGGCCGCCGCCGGGUCAACAACGGGGUUUGAGACCUGGCUGCCCAGCGCGGAGAUGGCCGCCCCGUGCGCGGUGUGGUUUGGGGCUCAGGAGGAGAGAGCCGUUUGCCCCUAUGAUGCCAAUCACCAGAUGCCCAGAUCCUCCUUGGCUAAGCACAUAGUGGCCUGCCGGCUGAGGAGGCUGGAGUACUCCAGAGAGGAGCAGGCUGAAAUGUAUGACUCUGCAUUUUACUACGAGAAAGCAAAGAUACCCACCAUUACUAUGGACAAGGAUCUACAAUUUCAGAUUAUUAAACAAGCUAAAGCUUUGAGUGCUAAAGAAGGUGGAGGCUCCAGUGAAGCUUUAGGUGCCUAUUCUUCACUGCCUGUUGAAGUUCCCCAAAACCACAAACGCUUCAUCUGUGACCUGACUCAAGCUGAUCGUCUUGCAAUCUAUGAUUAUGUCCUGGAAGAGACGAAGAAACAGAGGUCCAGAUCCCAGGCCACUGAAAACGACAGUGAUCUCUUUGUAGAUUUGGCUGCUAAAGUCACCCAAGAUGAUGGUCAAAAAGGUCCAAAGUCUCAUCUUGAAAUCCUGGCAGAAAUGCGGGACUAUAAAAGACGGCGGCAGUCGUACAGAGCUAAGAAUGUUCAUAUAACAAAGAAAUCUUACACUGAGGUAAUCAGAGAUGUGAUUGGUGUGCACAUGGAAGAACUCAGCAGCCACUGGCAGGAGGAAGGUAAACCAGACAAUGCAGAGACGUGUGAAGGAGGAAGAUCUUCCAUUUCAGCAAAAUCUUCAGGAAGAAACGAAGAGAGACGGUCAGCAUCAGUGGACUCUCGACAGUCUUGUGGAAGCUCUAAGGAUGUUGAUCGAUCUAGACACAGGAGAGAUCCCAGCAGAAGUCCAGACAAACAAAAAAGAAGUAGAGAAAGAGGCAAAGACAGGGAUUCCAGGAGAAAAAGAGAGAGCCCAACUUGGUCUGGUGAUUGAAGCAAAAGAGGAAGGGGCAAGGAUUCAAAUUUGUGCAGGUUUGCAGUGACUUUGGGAGGAUACACUCUAGUCUUCUGCGUCAGUCACCCCAUUGGAAACCUGGAUAAAGUGCAGUGUGAAGUGAGCCUGUAACAGGAUGGUUAGUGCACUAGCCUCUGAAGACUUGGGUCCUAGGCUAAGUCACAAGAGAGUGUAUUGACUGCUCUCAUCCUAGUCUCCAUUCUUGCAUACUGCAAAGCUGUUGUGUUCAGCAGGGGUGGCAGGUUUGUAGAAAUUUUGGUGGUGCCCAGAACCCCCCUCCCCCCCCAAACUCUGCCCCCACCUGCCUAAGGCUCUGGAAGGGAGUUUGGGUGGGGAGA